AUGAGGCAUGGACCACCGACCAUCUCCAGCACACAGACUCAGCAAGCUUUGCAUGGAGAGAAAGGGCAGAUCAAGUGUUUCAUUCGCAGUACACCACCACCAGAUCGGAUUGCGUGGUCGUGGAAGGAAACCGUGCUGGAGUCGGGAACAUCUGGCCGCUACACUGUAGAAACGGUCACCACAGAAGAAGGAGUAAUCUCAACGCUGACCAUGAGUAACAUCGUGCCGGCUGACUUCCAGACCAUCUACAACUGCACCGCGUGGAACAGCUUCGGCUCCGACACCGAGAUCAUACGCCUUAAGGAACAAGAGUCUCUCCCGGUGGCAGUGAUCAUCGGCAUUGCUGUGGGAGCCUUUGUGGCCCUUAUUGUUCUCAUGGGCACCGUUGGGGCGUUCUGUUGCACUCGCUCGCAGAGAAAAGAAGCGCACCUGGUUAUGCCCUCACUGCCCGUCUCCAUCUGUGCUCACCAGAGAGAACUUGCAAGCAAAAUUAAGACAGAAAAUCUGAAAGGAGUCGUGUCGGCGAAAAAUGACAUCCGCGUCGAGAUUGUGCACAAAGAUCACAAUGCAGCACGGGAGAAUGAAGAACACACCUCCAUGAAGCAACUGAUGGUCGAACGUGAGGAGUUCCAGCAGGAAUCUGUUCUGAAGCAGCUGGAGGUAUUACAAGAGGAAGAGAAGGAGUAUCAACACAUUAAGGAUCCUACAAAUGGCUACUACAGUGUUAAUACUUUCAAGGAGCACCACACGCCAACCAUGGUGGGCAACCAGUCCACCGAGGUGAGGAAUCCCACCAACACAGGUACUCUGGGCAAGCAGAGAGUACCGACAGGCAUGUCCUUCACCAACAUCUAUUCCACUCUGGGAGCAGGUCCCAACCGCCUGUAUGACUACAGCCAGCGCUUCGUGCUGGGCAUGGGCAGCAGCUCCAUCGAGCUCUGCGAGCGGGAGUUCCAGCGCGGCUCGCUCAGCGAUUCCAGCUCCUUCAUCGACACGCAGUGCGACAGCAGCGUCAGCAGCUAUAGCAAGCCCGAUGGCUACGUGCAGUUCGACAAAGACAGCAAGGCGUCAGCCUCCUCUUCCUCCCAUUAUUCCCAGUCCUCAUCGCAAAACUCUGACCUCACGCGGCCACUGCAGAAGCGCAUGCAGACCCACGUCUGACCAAGCGGGAGGAA